AAAAAAAUCAUGGGUUCUUUAGCUAAUCAUCAAAAGCCAUCGUUCGAACUUCUUCUGCUCCUGCUUAUCUCAGUUUUGGCUCUCCAAUUUGCUUCAGCUUCUGUUGAGGAGGCUGAAGCCCUUUUGAAAUGGAAAGCCAGUUUUUCAAACCAGAACAACACCCUCCUAACAUCUUGGAAUCUUCAAAACACUUAUAAUCAUCCAAAAACAAGUGUCAGCCCUUGCACUUGGUUCGGUGUGUCGUGCAUUGAUGGCAGUGUAAACAGGUUAAACCUCACAAAUUCAAGUAUCAAUGGUACGCUUUACAGCUUUCCAUUUUCAUCUCUUCCAAAUCUUGAAUAUGCUGAUUUAAGCAUGAAUAAACUUUCUGGCAGCGUACCUCCUCAGGUAAGCAAGCUUUCGAAGCUCAGUUAUCUUGAUUUGUCCUAUAAUAAAUUCUCCGGAACCAUCCCACCUGAAAUUGGCCUCUUAACCAACCUUCAAACCCUCCACUUGAACGAGAACUACUUAAAUGGCGCAAUUCCUCAGGAGAUUGGCCAGUUGAGGUCUCUCGUUGAGCUUGCCUUGUGUACAAACAACAUUACGGGCCCUAUUCCUGCCUCCUUUGGCAAUCUGAAAAACUUGAAUUAUUUAUAUCUCUAUGAAAAUCAACUUUCAGGUUCUAUUCCUCGUGAAAUUGGAAACCUCAACAAUCUUGUUGAGGUUGACAUCGACAACAACCAGCUGACAGGCCCUAUUCCAGCCUCGAUUGGUAACCUGAAUAACCUACUGCUUUUGCAUCUUUUUGAAAACGGCCUAUCUGGUUCCAUUCCUCCUGAGAUAGGAAAGUUGAAAAAACUCCAGAGUCUGAGCCUAUGGGGAAAUAAGCUCACUGGUCCAAUCCCAACUUCACUAGGUAACCUGAGGGAUCUGACUCUUUUGCAUCUAUAUCUGAAUCAACUUUCUGGUUCAAUCCCGGAAGAGUUAGGCAACCUGAAGUCUCUGAUCAAAUUGGAAGUAACUGAGAAUCAACUUAACGGGUUGAUUCCUACUUCACUUGGCAAUUUGAUAGAAUUGAAAACUCUGUCUCUUCGCCAGAACCAACUUUCUGGCUCCAUUCCCCCAGAGCUAGGGAAACUGACAAAGUUGGUUGCCUUGGGAAUGGAUGAAAAUCAGUUCUCUGGUCAUUUACCAGAAGGGCUAUGUAGCAGUCAAACUCUUCAAGACUUCUCUGUCAACAAUAACAGCCUUUCUGGUCCAAUUCCAGAAAGCUUGAAAAACUGUGCAAGUUUAGUCAGAGCUCGAUUUGAUGGGAACCAGUUCACUGGGAACCUGUCUGAAUCGUUUGGUAUUUAUCCACACCUUGAAUUUAUCUUCCUUAGCAACAACAACUUUUCUGGGGAGCUCUCAAACAACUGGUGUAGAUGCAAAAACUUGACAACUCUUUUAAUUGCAAAUAACAGCAUCACAGGUCACAUUCCUCCAGAAUUUGGGAAUCUGCCUAAUCUGGGCGCCCUAGAUCUUUCUUCAAAUCAGAUAGCUGGGCAGAUUCCAAAGGAACUUGGGAAGCUGAAGUCCUUGCUAUGGCUGCUUUUAAAUGACAACCAACUCUCGGGUGGUAUACCUCUAGAGUUAGGAUCACUGACAGAUCUAUUUUCUCUCGACCUAUCAGUGAACUUAUUGAAUGGAUCAAUUCCAGGAAGCAUAGGAGAGUGCCAGCAUCUAUCCUUUUUGAACUUGAGCAGCAAUAGUUUAAGCCACAGUAUUCCAUCCUGGUUGGGUGAGUUAAUUCACCUUAACCUUCUUGAUUUGAGCCACAAUUCCCUCAUCGGAGGGAUACCAACUGAAUUCGGAGGUUUGAACAGUCUGGAAACGUUGAAUCUCUCCCAUAAUAACCUUUCAGGUUUCAUUCCAAAGGCUUUGGCAGAAUUGCCUGGUAUUCAGCAUAUUGAUUUAUCUUUCAAUGAGUUAGAGGGUCCAAUUCCUUGUGGAAAAGCAUUUGCAAAUGCCACUAUUGAACAACUUAAAGGGAAUAAAGGUUUGUGUGGCAACAUUACAGGGGUACGACCGUGUGAUAGUCCUCAAUUGGUCAAAAAGCAUGAGAAUGGGCAGAAACUUGCUCUCAUAAUUGCACUCCCUCUUGUGGGAGCACUCAUGCUUCUUUCUGCGUUUGCUGGAAUUCUCUUUUUUCACGAAAAAAGAAAGGGAGAUCCAAAAGUGAAAGACGGGGAAGUAAAGGGUGGAGAUGUGUUCUCUAUAUCCUUAUUUGAUGGCAAAGAAAUGUAUGAGAACAUCUUAAAAGUGACACGGGAUUUUGAUCCAACAUUUUGCAUAGGGAAAGGAGGUCAUGGAAGUGUUUACAAGGCAAAUCUUCCACCAGCUAACACAGUGGCUGUAAAGAGACUCCACCACUUGUCUGAAUCUGCAGAUCAAGAAGGUUUCUUGAAUGAGAUAAGGGCCUUGACAAAGAUCAAGCAUCGAAAUAUUGUGAAGCUUCAGGGUUACUGCUCGAGUGCUAAAUACUCGUUUUUGGUUUAUGAGUACCUUGAAAGGGGCAGCUUGGCUAAACUUUUGAGCAUUGAAGAAGAAGCCAAAAAAUUGGAUUGGCAGAAAAGGAUAAAAAUCAUUAAGGGCGUUGCUCAUGCUUUGUCUUACAUGCAUCAUGAUUGUUCGCCGCCUAUAGUUCAUCGAGACAUUUCAAGCAACAAUGUUUUGCUUGAUUCAGAGUAUGAAGCUCAUGUCUCAGAUUUUGGCACGGCGAAGCUUCUGAAGAUAGACUCGUCUAAUUGGAGUGCAGUAGCAGGCACCUAUGGAUAUGUUGCACCAGAGCUUGCCUACACAAUGAGAGUAACUGAAAAAUGUGAUGUGUACAGCUUUGGGGUCCUAACCCUUGAAGUAAUCAAAGGGAGCCAUCCUGGUGACUUCAUUCCUCACCUUACAUCGCCCACAUCUGUAAACAUCCAACUGAAAGACUUGCUUGACCAACGACUUCCGUAUCCCGGUCAGGAAGAUGAAGAGACUCUAGUAUCAAUUCUCAAGCUUGCAAGGGCCUGUCUGACUGUUGAUCCUCAAUCAAGGCCAACCAUGCACAUGAUUUCUAGUUUUUUAUCAAUGGGUGCACAAGCACUGCCUAAGCAUCUUCAGGGUGACUUUCAGCUGGCUUAGGAUUUCUUGACAUUAAUCUGUCUCAUGGGCUACAUUAUUUUCUUUGUUGUCAUAUCUCCUCUUUAAAUUUAGUUUUUCUAUUGGCUUCCACUUUAUGAAGCUUGAAAGGCAUAAAACCUGUAAAAUAAUGGUAUGCUGGAGAGGGUAGGCUUGCUUGAUGUAACACUGCUUCAUAUGUGUAUUGUGUACUCUACAAUAUCAACUAUCUUUCAGCAUGAGAGCAACAAGAAA